AUGCAGGGAAGAUCGUGUCUCGAUGCGCUUGACAAAGUCGCGCUGCACACCGUUAACGCUGUUGCUAUCAAUGCUCCAAAUAACGCCGGCGUCGUUGUAGGUGAUCUACCCUCAGGCCACAUGCCCUCCAAGAGUAAACGCGACCCGCCCCCGCGCGUAUCGAAAAAGACCUGGGCAGAGACUCUGGAAGAAGAGAAGGCUGCCAAGGAGAAGGAAUCGCAUAUGGAUGUUAAGGAUUUAUGA